GAGACACUGUACACGAGUGACGACCAUACAAUUUACAUACCACCACUACUACAACAAACAAACGCAUCAUUCGAGCCAGACUUGUCGCAAAUAAUUCGACGUUUCCAACACGCCGAGGAAGCCUCAAAUCCAACCACACGACAGGACUGCAAAUAAAUAUCCCACAACUGACUACGACCGCCUCGUUGAUAUUCCCACGCCCACAUAUCAAGGGCUGCCAUCAUGGCCCCUUCAGGAGCACCUCUGACUCCCGGCUUUGGUACUUUUCAAAGAAUUCUAUCUACUGAACCCAUCGACUCUUCCGUAACAUACCUUGUCUCUCUUUUCAAGCGACGACAGAUCAAAGGCUCGAAACGAUGCGCCGUCGCAACCACCCUCCUUCUCCUUCGCACAGUCGAACUCACCAAGCAAGCCGAUUCCGAAAGACUGAUACAGAGGGUCACCGAGGUUGGCAAAAAGUUGAUGAACGCUGCGCCGCAUGAGCCGUCUGUUGGAAACAUCGUCCGGAGAGUCCUGGGUAUAAUCCGAGAAGAAGAUGAAGACGAUGCGGCAGCCGGCGGCGAUGGGGGAAGCGCAGAGAGCGAUGCAGGUCUCGACCCUCCUACGCCCAUAGAACGAACACACUUGUCGCAUCAGUUCGCAGCCACCAGCGCUUCCUCCACCGCCAGCCCGUCACCACAACGAGGCAUGUCGUCCCGCCCUCCGCUCCUCUCCUCUCACACAGGCGCCCCGGGCGGUGCUCGCCCCGUCACGUCCAUGUUCAGCAUCAUCUCCCACCCGACCAUGCGAGCGUCAGGCGUCGAGUCCCCGAUUCAAGGCAGUGGCAACGUCACGCCCCGAAUGAGCGUGUCCGGGACCUUGUCGAACCUCCGGCAAGAAGUCAUCAAGGGCAUCAAAGAGAUCAUCGACGAGAUCAGCGGGUCCGACGACGAGAUCGCCUCUGCGGCCCUCGAACAGAUCCACCCCCACGAGACCAUCUUCACCUACUCCUCCUCCGUCACUGUCCAGAGAUUCCUCCUUCGUGCCGCCUCGAAACGCAAGUUCACCGUCAUACACGCCGAAGCCUACCCGAACAACUACCACAAGACGCACGCCCUCCUGACCGGCGGCCAGGACGGCACCGAGGACGACGAUAUGCUGCCCAACGAGUCCUUCUCGAAACCCUUGACGGCGGCCGGGAUCUCGGUGGUCUUGGUCCCGGACUCUGCCAUCUUCGCCGUCAUGUCCCGCGCCACCAAGGUGAUUCUCGACACGCACGCCGUCCUGGCGAACGGCUCUCUGUUUGCGGCGGCUGGGUCUAAAGCCGUCAUCAAAGCCGCCCGUUUCCACCGUGUCCCCGUCGUCGUCCUGGCCGCCACCCACAAGCUGUCGCCGACGUACCCUUAUGACCCUCACUCGCUGAUCGAGUACGGCGACCCCGGAAAGGUCGUCCCCUUGCAGGACGGCGAGCUACACUCGGGACUAGACGUCGGCGUGAGGAAUCCAUUGUACGAUUAUGUCGAAGCGGGCGACGUUGAUUUGUUCGUCACCAACCAGGUCCCCGCGGUCGUGAGCACGGGUUAUCUCUAUAGAGUGGUUAGGGAGCAGUAUCACGACGAGGAUCUGCAGCUGUGAUGGCCGCAGAGGGAGGCCAGUGCUAUUCUGAUGGAAGCCCAUAUCUGAGGAUGGUUCCCAGGUGUACGACGAUGCCGUAUCACUAGUCAGACGAAGUGUUCAUUCAUACAUGAUGCAUGAUCAUGACACCGUUCUUAUUUUCCUGCUUCUCGGAACGUGGUGCUCCGGACGCUGGAGAAAUGCUUGGAAUUUACUGUGAGCAGAUCGCCACGAGUUGAUGUUUUGGCUUCAAAAAUAAUUGACCAAAGCAACGUAAUCUUAUUGACAUCGCUCUUCGAAUUGAUGGUACAAUCAAUAUACAUGACCUCUUUUCCAGGUCCAAUCUUGUCCAGUCUAAAUUCAAACAAUCUUGUCCGCCCCGACAGGUUGUCUCUUCAGCCUC